AUGUUUACUACUGAUAACUGCAAUAAAGACAACUAUUGUGACUGUCCAACCGGUUGGACCAAAGGUGUGGACAACGAAUGCCUGUUAAUACAUAACAAGACUAAUACGAAAACUAAUUAUACAACUGCACUGAAAACAUGCGGCCAGAAAUGGAACGCCAAGCUCAUUUCAAUCAAAAGUUUAGCCAAGCACAAUUUUAUAACCCAGUGGUUUAACGAUCUAAAAUACGAUGGCAGCUUUUGGUUGGAUGCUACCAGGGUGCUAAAAGCUGACAGCUCGGACAGUUUCUAUUGGUCUAAUGGCGAUCGGUUGACGUACACCAAUUGGGAACCAGGAUUACGAGAGCCUACUGGCACCUGGGACCCUGUUAGUGGUUUCGAGAUUUGUGUAGCCGUUCAGGCACCCAGUUCCCUGACGAGUUUACAAUGGUCGGACGUACCUUAUUGGACAAAACACAGAACUGACCACUGCAACAAGGACAAGUAUUGCGGUAACAAUUGCAAUAUAAUCAUCAAUGGUGGUUCUGUUACGAUAAACAAUGGCAAUGACUGUCCUACCGGUUGGACUAAAGGUGUGGACAAUGAAUGCCUACUAAUUUACAACAAGACAUAUACGAAAAGCAAUUAUACAACUGCACUGAAAACAUGCGCCCAGAAAUAUAACGCCAAGAUCAUUUCAAUUAAAAGUGCAGCCAAGCAAAAUUUUAUAGCCCAGUGGUUUAAGGAUCAAAAGUUCGAUGCCUUAUUUUGGCUAGAUGCUACCAGGGUGCUAAAAGCGGAUAGCCCGGACAGUUUUAUUUGGUCUAAUGGCGAUCAGAUGACGUACACCAAUUGGGACACAGGAAAUGAUGAACCAAAUGGCAAUAAGAACAGUGAAGAUGUCGAGAUAGUUUAA